GCAGAGCCUUGGCAGGGAGCAGUUGUGGAGAAAAUGCCUUGCUUUGUGGAGAGAAUUCUUCCAGGGCAGGAGGGAGAGGUGAGACAGAGCGCUGAGGGCGGUCUGCUGCCAGCUGAAAGGACUUUUUGCACUGAAACGACCUCAGGAAAACCCAAGAUGGCCGCCAAAAGGAAAGGUGGCCUAAAACUCAAUGCUAUCUGUGCCAAGCUGAGUCGCCAAGUGGUGUUCGACAGCAGUUCCCAGAAUGCAGAGGGAGACCAGAGUGUAGCAGAAAACAGUGAGCGUGGCAGUUCCCAUUAUGAUGACUGCGAGACCAACUUCACAGAGAACCUGAGCCUGAGUCAGAGCCUCGAAGAGGAUCAGAAGAGACGCGAGGCCAUAGAGAAGUGGGUCAACGGCGAAUACAGUGAUGAGCCACUAGCUCCCGAUGACGAGCAGGAGCGUGAACUCAAAGUUAGCCACGAUGAAGACGGUCCUCCUGAGGGCGUAUACAUGGUACAGCCUAAAGGCUGCAGUGAUGACGAGGACAAUGCUGAGGAGCCUGAGGCCACCGUGGCGUCUCAGGAUGGCAGUUACCACGACGACAAAGAGGCUGAAGACAGGCCUCCAAAUGAUGACAACUAUAUUCCUCCAAAUGAGCCCCAGCGUCGCCAAGCACCUUUCUCCUCUCCAGGAGAAACAUCUGCUCUGCAAGACUAUGCAGCCAAUACCAUGACUGAGUUUCUGGGGAUGUUUGGUUAUGAUGACCAGCAGGUAAGGGAUGAGCUGACCAAGAAGAUCAGCUUCGAGAAGCUCAAAGCCGCUACCUCAGACCCUUCGUCCCUCAGCAGCGAGGAGGCCUCACGACGCGCCCGCUUCUCCAAGUAUGAAGAGUACAUUCGCAAGCUGAAAGCUGGCGAGACCCUACCGUGGCCCAUGCAUACUCCCCCACCCAAACCGGACGACCUCAACUCAAAACUGUCCCAAGACAAGAGCGCUACCAUGCUCCAGACCUCAGGGUGCCUACCAGGGGCUGAAGCACAGAUAUACCCAUCCAGCCUGGACCACAAACAGCCGGUGGCCCUUCAGCUGGUUAAUUCUCGGCCCCCCAACCCCUCCCACAUGCAAAACAUGGCUUCCCGCGCCUCCAAGUAUGACUUCUUCAUCCAGAAGUUGAAGAUGGGCGAGAGUUUACAACAGCAGAACGGCAGUGCUUACAAGCGACCCUCGAAGUACGACCUGGAGAACGUCAAGUUUCUGCACCUCUUUAAGCCCGGUGAGGGAAACCCUGACAUGGGAGGUGCCAUCGCCUUUAAGACUGGCAAAGUGGGUCGCCCUUCAAAGUAUGACAUCAGAACGAUUCAAAAGCUAAUGCCGGGAAACCCCGAAGCAUCACUGAUGCCCAAUGUUCUAGCAACAGCACCGGGUAAUCCAGGAGCUCCUGGUGUCCCUACUGUGGGUGCAGUUGGUGCUACCAUUGCUCCAGGGCUUACAAUGGACCAGGCCGGACACAUAAGCUUCAAUGCUGCUGACUACAUCAAAUCCAGCUUUUCCAAGACUGACUCUAUCACCACGGGCACAGUUUCCUCUGUUAAGAAUGGUCUGCCACCAGAUAAACCCACCAGUGAUGACAUCAACCUCUACCAGAAAUAUAUUGCGAGGUUCUCUGGAAGUCAACACUGUGGACACGUGCACUGUGCCUACCAGUACAGAGAGCAUUAUCACUGCAUGGACCCCGAUUGUAACUACCAGAGGUUUACCAGUAAGCAGGAUGUAAUCAGGCACUACAACAUGCACAAGAAGAGGGACAACUCCCUGCAGCAUGGCUUCAUGCGCUUCAGCCCUCUGGACGACUGCAGCGUCUACUACCAUGGUUGCCACCUCAAUGGAAAAAGCACCCAUUACCACUGCAUGCAGGUGGGUUGCAGCAAGGUAUACACCAGCACCUCAGAUGUCAUGACGCAUGAAAACUUCCAUAAAAAGAACGCUCAGCUGAUCAACGACGGUUUCCAGAGAUUUCGUGCUACCGAGGAUUGUGGCACAGUCGGGUGUCAGUUCUACGGUCAGAAGACCACACACUUCCACUGCAGACGCCAAGGCUGCACAUUCACUUUUAAGAACAAGUGUGACAUUGAGAAGCACAAGAGCUACCACAUCAAGGAUGAUGCCUAUGCCAAAGAUGGCUUCAAGAAGUUCUACAAGUAUGAGGAAUGCAAGUACGAGGGCUGCGUCUACAGCAAAGCUACCAACCACUUCCAUUGUAUUCGUUCAGGCUGUGGCUUCACCUUUACCUCCACCAGCCAGAUGACCUCACACAAACGCAAACAUGAGCGUCGGCACAUCCGCUCCUCUGGUGUCAUGGGCCUCGCCAACACCUUCAUGGCUCCGAAGGAUGAGCCAGAGGAAUCCAGCAAUGAUGAUCUGAUGGACUUCUCGGCCAUCAGUAGCAAGAACUCCAGCCUGAGUGCCUCCCCUACGACCCAGCAGUCCACUACUGUACCACACUUGCUGACCACAGCGACCACUGCUGUCUCCUCCUCCUCUAUGCCAGGCCUGACUCUAAAGCAAACCCCCUCACUAGCCAGCGCUGGCCAGCGCAUGUCCAGCCUGCUGACCCAAGCCCUACCCAGCAACAUGCCGGUGGCCCUCGCUCUCUCCAACAGUGCUCUGGCCAGCUCCAACCCAUUCUUCCCUCUUAUGCCUAGGCUGCCUCUUCAACCAACUCCACCAGCCGCUAGUCUGAUAUCAGCAGUUUCUUCUGGGGCCCACUCCGUGCCCACCGACUCCCUGGCCCAAGGCUGCUCCAGGGUGGGGGGAGAUGCAGCCAUGGCAUGUACUCCGACCUCCUUGGCCACCUCCUCCAUUAUGGAGAAGAUCUCCGCCAGCAAGGGUCUGAUAUCACCCAUGAUGGCCAGACUGGCCGCUGCCGCUCUGAAACCCUCCAACAACACAGACACAGGGAACGGACACCCGGCUUCAGCCAGCCAGUUCAAUCUGGUUCAAGUGAAGCAGGAGCCAAUGGAUAACAUCUCUGGAGCUUCCCAUGGUUCCACACAGGAACACAGCUUGGACUUGAGCAAGAAAGACCACAGUAAUGAAUCAAACGGACACCCUGUACCAGGAAAUACAUCUCUUUUAUCCUCGCUUAUGAAUAAGAUGUCACAGGCGAACCCUGCUCUCUUCAAUGCCAUGAACGUGAAGAUGGAGCCGGAGGGAGGCCAGGCCAACAACGCUUCUGAGGCAGCAAUGUACACACAAAGAGUGCUGAAGAGGCCCCUGCCAGAGAAACCCUCUGAGAUCUGGAGGACAUACCUCCGCAGGUUUGAUACAGAUGACUUCUGCGAAGCUCAAUGCGACUUCCUUCAGAAGGUGCAUUUUCACUGCCUGGUUGAGGACUGUGGUGCACUCUUCAGCACUGUUGAUGGAGCAAUUAAACAUGCUAACUUCCAUCUCCGAGCCACCUUAAAGGUGAAGUCAGAGCCUCCUUUUGGUGACGGCAAGGAGUCCUGUGAGUCAGCCCCGCUCCAGCCUGUUGCCCCUGUCUCCAUGGCCAAUAAUCCCUCCAUGGAUGUGGCACACCUCACCUCCUCUGGCGGCUACAGCUCUCCUCCUCCCUCCGUGCUGGCCUGGAAGCAGCUAACCGGCAGCAUCCCCCAGAUUCCAGCAUCAAUGCCCAACCUGCCAGCAAACUCCCCUCUGGCCACCACCUCUCUGGAGAAUGCAAAGCCACAAGUCAAACCUGGCUUUCUGCAGUUCCAGGAAAAUGAUCCCUGUUUGGCUACUGACUGUAAGUACUCAAACAAGUUCCACUUCCACUGCUUGUUUGGGAACUGCAAGUAUGUGUGCAAGACCUCCGGGAAAGCAGAGUCCCAUUGUUUGGACCACAUCAAUCCCAACAACAACCUGAUCAAUGUCCGUGACCAGUUUUCCUACUAUUCUCUUCAGUGUCUCUGUCCCAACCAGCAAUGUGAGUUCAGAAUGAGGGGCCACUAUCACUGUCUGCGGCCUGGCUGCUUCUUUGUCACCAACAUCACCACCAAGCUGCCGUGGCAUGUCAAGAAGCACGAGAAGGCAGAGCGCCGCGCGGCCAACGGCUUCAAAUAUUUCACCAAGAGGGAGGAGUGUGGGAGGCUGGGUUGUAAGUAUAACCAAGUCAACAGCCACUUCCACUGCAUCCGAGAGGGUUGCCAGUUCUCCUUCCUGCUCAAGCACCAGAUGACCUCACACGCACGCAAACACAUGAGGCGGAUGCUGGGGAAGAACUUUGACAGAGUCCCGUCCCAGGUGAUGCCACUCGGCCAAAGGGGGGACGAGAUGCAGCAAGCUCCCGGUUUUAUGUCCGGGUCCAUGAUGGGCCAAUCUGGCAUCACCUCCAGCUUCUCCUCCGUUUCCAUUGAUGAGACCGAUGACUACAUGGACUACAUGGGAGGAGGAGGAAGCCCCUUGGGACUCUCUUCUGAGUCCUCCAACCAGGACCGAAGCUGCACCAGCACACCUGUAGGCAACGAUAGCUCUCCAGCAGGACAAGGCUUCCCCGCCACCACUUCUGCUCCUACCACCCCUGCUGACACUAGCACAACCCAAAACGCACCUCCUUCUUCCCCUCCUCCUCCUCCACCACCACCUCCUCCUCCACUGCCACUACCCUGCGGUCCUCAGCCUGGCUACCAGUCCCAGGCCCCAUCUCUCUCUCCCGCUCUCCUCCGACCUUCUCUCCCCUCACUCCCAUACCUCCUCUCUCCAUCCUGUCUGUCAUACUCUCUGCUCAGCGCCUCUCUGGGAGCAACUCGGAGUGUUGUCAUGCCAACCAACACACCAGCUUUCAGCCCCAUCAUUGCCACUCCGUCUCCAGUUAAAAAUGACGUCCCUAUAGUGCAGGAUGCUGCAGGCAAUACCAUCUCCAUUCCCACAGCCACUGGUGCAAAGAAGCGCUUCUGGAUCAUCGAGGACAUGUCACCAUUUGGCAAGCGCCGCAAGACCGCAUCAUCACGGAAGAUGCUGGAUGAGGGCAUGAUGCUGGACGGCUUCCGGCGCUACGACCUGUAUGAGAACUGCAAAGAUUCAGGAUGCCAGUUUUCUCUCAAGGUGACCCACUACCACUGCACUCGCGAGAACUGCGGCUACAAGUUCUGCGGACGCACCCACAUGUACAAGCACGCGCAGCACCACGACCGCGUGGACAACCUGGUCCUGGACGACUUCAAGCGCUUCAAGUCUUCGCUCAGCUGCAACUUCCCAGACUGCCAGUUUUCUGGCAACAGCACCCACUUCCACUGCCUGCGCUGUGGCUUCCGCUGCACCGACAGCACCAAGGUGACGGCCCACCGCAAGCACCACGGCAAGCAAGAUGUGAUCAGCGCCGCUGGCUUCUGCCAGUUCAGCUCCAGUGUUGACUGUGAGGUACCUGACUGCAAAUAUAAGCUUAAGUGUUCACACUUCCACUGCACCUUCCCCGAGUGUAAGCACACAGUGGUCGGCAUGUCCCAGAUGGACUCCCACAAGAGAAAGCAUGAGAAGCAGGAGCGGGGUGAGCUGCCGUCUGUGUCUCCAAAACGAGAAGGGGCGCACCUGCCAGGAAAUGUGGCGGUGGUCCCUCCUUCCUCCAUGGGUCUUUCUACUUCCUCACCCGGUGGCCUCCACGCUUUGUCCCACAGCAUGAACAGCAGUGCUCCCACCAUGCUCUACCACACAGGUGGCGUCUGCUCCGGCUACAACCACUCGUACCCGCCGUCUUCCAUCAGCCUGGAUAGCUCCCUCAACCUGGGCACCGACACCAGCAGCUCCCUGUUUUUCCUGAAGAACGCAGCCGGCCUGGGUCUGAGCGACUCGCUGGACCUCAGCAAGAAGACGCACCACGAUGCAGCGCGAUUGGGCCACAAUCCCGCACCAUCGCUCGGCGUGUCGGCAGCUCAGGACGACACCACGGCAACAUCUGGAGAUGCCGAAGAGGACUUGUCACCCGAGGAGGAGGCACAUGCUGAAGAAGAGGACGAAGAGGACGAAGAGGAGGAAGAGGAGGCAGAGGAUGAGCUAAACAGUGACUCAAAUGAUGAUUCAAUGGCGGAUGGUGAAAAGGACAACAGCAAGACUUUUGAUGGUUCCGUUAACCACACUGAUGCUUACCAAUUGGAAAAGGAAGACACUGACCCAUAAAAAAAGCAAUGCGACAGACUGUAGGAACUCCUGCGCACCAUGAAUAGACAAAAGAAAAGUGGCCUCAUUCAUCAUGUUUAGAGACUUAAGAUGACUUUAAAAUAAAAAAAAAACAGCAAUGAGGAGAAAAUGACGGCCCAAAAUGAUUUAUCAUGAUGUUUACAAGAUGACCAACAUUAUUAAUUCAAUUAUGCAUUAAAAUAUGAACAGAGACACACAGAGGAGUUAGGCCCCCUGUUUUACACACGGGGCAGCAAUGUAAAGCAUUUUACUACACAUCAGUCUUUUUGUGUGCGUGCAUGUUUGACUUUAAUUUAUUUUUAAUUUUUUCACUUUUUUGUGUGCGAAAAAAAAACAACAGAAAAACAAAAACAAAUCACUCUAUAUAACUAUCCGUAAGUGUGUGAGUGUGUGUGUGUGUGUAUGAACGACAAUAUACAAAAGGAACUAGCUGACACAAGUGACAUGAACUGCAGGAUACAUAGAAAACAGGGGCAUGAAUCACUAAGGGAAACAGGACAUGUUUCUAACAUUUAAUCUUUUUUCUGUAUUAUUAUUGUUAUUAUUAUUGAUUAAUAUUAUUAGACACUGAGAGAUAAGGGACACCGUUUUCUUGCUCCCAUCUCUCUGCUUCUAUGUUCUCAGUGACAGAUGGAAUUGACCAGUAACUGUUUGAUCAGUAUCAGCUGCACUUAGGCGUCCAGCAAGCCGCCAGCUUCAAACGUUCUCUCUGACAUUCGCAAGAAAUGUUCAAGUCGCACCAACUCCAAGCGUAGCCCUCGUCAUUUUACCCUCCGUGGAGGAAUCAAGUUUGUGCGUGAAUAGUGCACUUUUAUAUUAGCUGACCAUGAUGAAAAACAGUGAUCAUAGAUGACUCAUAUUUAAAAAUAUUUUUGUUACUAUUUGCAUCUUUGCAUUAAAAUGUUUUUGUUGUGUUGUUAGUCAGAAGCAUAUCGAUUUGUUAGCAGGCGAAGUGGUGAGGGUGGAGCUGGGUGGGGCUGGGGAGGGGGAGGGCGGGGGGCCGGGCCGGGUCGGACUGAUCGGAGGAAGAAACGUGUCUCUCGAACGAACGCAGCAGAUCGGACGGCGGAGGCGUCAGGGAGUGUCUAUGUUGAAACUGUACAGACCGAAAAAUGUCUCAACGGCAUUUUGUUUUUCAUUCACUAUGGUUGUGGUUGAGCUCCUGUUGUAACAGUUUUUAUUUAAUAUUUAUGUGACCUUCCAAUGCGAAAUUUUUAGGGUGUUAUUGCACUUUUUAGGUUCAUUUUUAACGUCUGAAAAAAAAAGAAUGAUAUAUAUCUUUUAACAGGGAAUUUGCUUUAAAGAUGUUGUUUUAGUUCACUUUUGCUUUGAUGCACAAAUAGAUGUUAGUGUGACAACAAACUGUUGUUCUGUGGUUUAUUUAAAGACUGGUUUUUAUUUUUUGCUUCUUUUGUGAUUAGACAGUUUGAUAUGGGGAAAGAAAAAAAAAAGAAUCUGCGGUGUGCCAGAAAAAGGGCAACCAAAUAAGAAACACUAAUAUGGACUGUGAUUUAAAUUAAUUCUUCAGAAGUUCAUAGCAAUGCUCACUUACUGUCGUACCAAAUUAUAAACCUGUCAGACCACCCUCUGGUUUUUAUUGAGCAAAUAUGUAUGACGGAGGAGUGGACUCAUUGAAUUAUCUCCUGAGCUUGGCAUUGGAAAGAAAUGAUCAUAACAUAGGGAAUAAUAAUGUGUGUAGAUUAUAUUCCUUGAGAUAUUGUUUUGAGAAGGGAAAAAAAAGGCUGUACAGUAUUUUCCUCUGUAAAAAAUAACUAUAUAUGAACAAAAUGCUCUUUGAUGAACAGCUUCCUUUAAAAAGAAAAACCCUAAAAAGGAGAAAUGAAUAAUAAAAAGUAAAAAAAAGAAAAAAUCAAAUAGCCUCAUUAUAGUUUGCUUGUGUGUGUGAGCUUUUUUUCUUUUCGUUAUUUUUACACCAAAGGUUGUUUAGACAGUUCAAUUUGUUUGCAUUAUACAUACAAUUUUCCAAAUUUUGUCAGCAGCUCAAACUGAAAUACACUGACCCUUAACUCAUUCGCUGAUGUUUCUGCUUUAUUUAUCAACUCACUUUAUUCAUUGUCAUUUUUCUGCGUGUGUUUUUUUUUUCUUUCAUUUGUUUUUGUGGCUCAUUAACUUGAAUAAUCUGCAAAGAUAAGUGUCGGGGCUGGUAGACGUCAUGCACUUGAAUUCAAUUUGUGUGUGUGUGUGUGUGUGUGUGUGUGUGUGUGUGCGCGUGCGCGCGUGUGUGAAGCUGCAGAAGAGCAGGAUCUGUAAAAAGUUAAAACUAAAUAAAUUGAAUUAUUAUGACGUUGAACAUGUAUUGCUUGCCGGCGGUCCAGCCUGAACAUUAGGACGUGUGCGUGGAGCGGAGAGGUGCUGCGGAUGCGCGGGGGGGCAGGAGGUCACCGGAGCCCCCUCUGUCAGUCACCGAUACUACUGAAGUGUGGUCUCCCCCCGAGAGAGGCUGUAACAACACACCUGUAUUUCUGUUUAAGCCGCUCACAGCUCCGGUUAAGACCAAUAACUUCAAUAACUUCAUCGCCUCGUGCAUCUGUUUCCGACUUUCUGCCUGUAAACUGGGAUCCAACUGGGAUCCUUUUUUUUUUUUUUUUUUAAUUCAAAGCAUUUAAAGAGAGUAAACCAUCUGCAUCCAUGCAGGUUUUACGAAUCAACAAUAUUUGUUGUCGGGGUCACCCCAUUGUUUGUUCUGGUGUGGGAACAAGAGCCAAGGACCAUUAAGGAGACAUAAGGGUCUGCUGCCGCUAACAAGACGGCUCUCUGCAUCUUGCUCACUGCUAACAGGGCACAUUUAAUAUUAUCAUUUCUUCCCCUUUUUUUUUUCUUUUGCUUCAAGCCAUGUGCUGAGUUCUCCCUCUCCCUCAUGUCACCCAGAGGCCAGUGUGCUGACUCUGUCCCCUCAUCUACAGCUGUUCCCAUGCUUCCUCCUUCUCUUCCUUGUGAUGUUUUUAAUGAAAAAAAAGAAGGAAAAAAAAACACAGAUAAAGGCAUCACCAUCUGUCAGCCAGCUGGUAUCCUGUAUAUAAUCUACCAGAGGGGGAAAAAAAAAAAAAAGGAAUAAAGCUGAAAAUUAUAUUACACAAAAACCAGACGGAAACAACCUCCAAAUCUUGCGUAGACUUCCACUGAAAAGACAGAUCAUUUUACUGCUUUAAUUAACUGAGGAAAAAAGAUGGUAUAAAACAGUGGUCUGGAGAUAAACACAGAUCUGCUUCCACUGCUGGAAAAGGUAAAAUAUUAAACCCACUGCGGAGAAACGGAGCAACUUUUCAGAUUUUGUAAAAUAUAUUGCACUUUUGGAGUAAAAGCCAUUCACAAUCAGCAUUCAAUUUGGCUUCAUUUAUGAGACAUUUUAUAUGGAAAAAUAGUGCUUUAAAAAAACAAACAAAAGAAAAACAUAAAAAAACCAAAACAACUUGCCCUGAGCACUACUUCACAUUCUCGUCAAAUUGCUUAUUUCCUCUCAGAUGCAGUGCUGUCCGUCGUCAUUGUGCUAUAUUUAUGUUUUUCCUUUCAUUUCUGCAUGUCUGAUGCAAAGUUUGAGCUUUUCACUCACUGAAAUAAAAACAUACCGAAUGACUUUAGGUCCGUUUUCAGUGUCAGU